CCCUCUUCCCUUUGACAAUGGUCUGAACCGAGCUCUGCUUCCCAAAGCAAAAUUUGUAAUAUGCCAUUUUUCCGAUGGACCCUUCUCCUUUUGGCUGCUGACGGAGCCACAGGAAGAUGCCGAGCUGCUGUCACGCUACGGAGCCAGGGCACGUUCCAAGAGAACGCUGGAGCUCGGGAGCAUCUAAGCUGCCUUUCUCCUCCGGUUGCUAGGGAAAUGGUCCAGGACUGCUGGGUGUGAGCCUCACCUCUCCUCCAGCCAAGACUGGACUGCGAUUGUCAUUGAUCAAUUGAAGAAACAGGACGUGAAAUAAGAGACCUUAGCAAUGAUGUGUGAAGUGAUGCCCACGAUUAACGAGGACACCCCAAUGAGCCAGCGGGGGUCCCAAAGCAGCGGCUCCGACUCAGACUCCCAUUUUGAGCAACUGAUGGUCAAUAUGCUUGAUGAAAGGGACCGCUUACUGGACACGCUCCGAGAGACCCAGGAAAGCCUCUCACUUGCCCAGCAAAGACUCCAGGACGUCAUUUAUGACAGGGACUCACUCCAGAGACAGCUCAACUCAGCUCUACCUCAGGACAUCGAAUCCCUAACAGGAGGGCUGACUGGUUCUAAGGGGGCUGAUCCACCGGAAUUUGCUGCACUGACUAAAGAACUGAAUGCUUGCCGGGAACAACUUCUAGAAAAGGAAGAGGAGAUCUCAGAGCUGAAAGCUGAAAGAAACAACACGAGACUGUUACUGGAGCACUUGGAGUGCCUUGUGUCCAGGCACGAAAGGUCACUAAGAAUGACAGUGGUGAAACGGCAAGCCCAGUCUCCCUCCGGAGUGUCCAGUGAAGUGGAGGUUCUCAAGGCUCUGAAAUCUUUGUUUGAGCACCACAAGGCCUUGGAUGAAAAGGUAAGGGAGCGACUGAGGGUUUCUUUAGAAAGAGUCUCUGCACUGGAAGAGGAACUAGCUGCAGCUAAUCAGGAGAUUGUUGCCUUGCGUGAGCAAAAUAUUCAUAUUCAGAGAAAAAUGGUAUCAAGUGAAGGCUCUACAGAAUCAGAGCAUCUUGAAGGGAUGGAACCUGGCCAGAAAGUCCAUGAAAAGCGUUUAUCCAAUGGCUCCAUAGACUCAACAGAUGACACCAGUCAGAUAGCUGAACUACAAGAACUGCUUGAAAAGCAAAACUAUGAAAUGGUCCAAAUGAAAGAACGUUUGACAGCUCUUUCUUCUCGGGUGGGAGAAGUAGAACAGGAAGCAGAGACAGCAAGAAAGGACCUCAUUAAAACAGAAGAAAUGAACACUAAAUAUCAAAGGGACAUUCGGGAGGCGAUGGCUCAGAAGGAAGAUAUGGAAGAAAGAAUCACAACUCUUGAGAAGCGUUACUUGAGUGCUCAGAGAGAAUCUACCUCCAUCCAUGACAUGAAUGAUAAACUAGAAAAUGAGUUGGCGAACAAGGAAGCAAUCUUGCGGCAGAUGGAAGAGAAAAACAGGCAGUUACAAGAGCGACUUGAACUGGCUGAGCAAAAGUUACAGCAGACCAUGAGGAAAGCUGAGACUUUGCCUGAAGUAGAGGCUGAACUAGCUCAGAGAAUCGCAGCCCUUACAAAGGCUGAAGAGAGGCAUGGAAAUAUUGAAGAACGCAUGAGGCACCUAGAGGGUCAACUGGAAGAGAAGAAUCAAGAACUUCAAAGAGCUAGACAAAGAGAAAAGAUGAAUGAGGAGCAUAAUAAAAGAUUAUCUGAUACCGUGGACAGGCUUCUGACAGAAUCCAACGAGCGCCUCCAGCUGCACCUGAAGGAGAGGAUGGCUGCUCUGGAAGAGAAGAAUGUUUUGAUUCAGGAAUCAGAAACCUUCAGAAAAAAUCUUGAAGAAUCUUUACAUGAUAAGGAAAGAUUAGCAGAAGAAAUUGAGAAGUUGAGAUCUGAACUUGACCAAAUGAAAAUGAGAACUGGCUCCUUAAUUGAACCCACUAUAUCGAGAACGCAUCUAGAUACCUCUGCUGAGUUGCGGUACUCCGUUGGGUCCCUCGUUGACAGCCAAUCUGAUUACAGGACCACUAAAGUAAUACGAAGACCAAGGAGAGGCCGCAUGGGUGUGCGAAGAGAUGAGCCAAAGGUGAAGUCUCUUGGGGAUCAUGAAUGGAACAGAACUCAGCAAAUUGGAGUACUAGGCAGCCACCCAUUCGAAAGUGACACUGAAAUGUCUGAUAUUGAUGAUGAUGACAGAGAGACUAUUUUUAGCUCAAUGGAUCUUCUCUCCCCAAGUGGUCAUUCUGAUGCCCAAACUCUAGCUAUGAUGCUUCAAGAACAACUGGAUGCGAUCAACAAAGAAAUAAGGUUAAUUCAAGAAGAAAAGGAAUCUACAGAAUUGCGCGCUGAAGAAAUUGAGAAUAGAGUGGCUAGCGUUAGCUUGGAAGGCCUGAAUCUGGCAAGGGUCCAUCCAGGUCCUUCCAUCACUGCCUCUGUUACAGCUUCAUCUCUGGCCAGUUCAUCUCCCCCCAGUGGACACUCAACGCCAAAACUCACACCAAGGAGCCCUGCCAGAGAAAUAGACCGCAUGGGAGUCAUGACCCUGCCAAGUGAUCUAAGGAAACAUCGGAGAAAGAUUGCAGUAGUGGAAGAAGAUGGGCGAGAGGAUAAAGCAACAAUUAAAUGUGAAACUUCUCCUCCCCCAACACCCAGAGCCAUUAGAAUGACUCACACACUUCCUUCUUCCUACCACAAUGAUGCCCGGAGCAGUGUAUCUGCUUCUCUUGAGCCAGAAAGCCUUGGGCUUGGCAGUGCCAAUAGCAGCCAAGACUCUCUUCACAAAGCCCCAAAGAAGAAAGGAAUCAAGUCUUCAAUUGGGCGCUUGUUUGGUAAAAAAGAAAAGGCUCGCCUGGGGCAGCUUCGAGGCUUUAUGGAGACCGAAGCUGCCGCACAGGAAUCCCUGGGCUUAGGCAAGCUUGGAACUCAAGCAGAAAAGGACAGAAGGCUAAAGAAAAAGCAUGAACUUCUUGAAGAAGCUCGUAGAAAAGGAUUGCCUUUUGCUCAGUGGGAUGGACCCACUGUGGUUGCAUGGCUUGAGCUCUGGCUGGGAAUGCCAGCUUGGUACGUGGCGGCCUGCAGAGCCAAUGUGAAAAGUGGUGCCAUCAUGUCGGCUUUAUCAGACACCGAAAUCCAAAGAGAGAUUGGAAUCAGCAACCCUCUGCAUCGCUUGAAACUCAGACUAGCGAUCCAGGAGAUGGUUUCCCUCACAAGCCCUUCGGCUCCUCCUACAUCCCGCACUCCUUCAGGCAAUGUCUGGGUGACCCAUGAAGAGAUGGAGAACCUUGCAGCUCCAGCAAAAACGAAAGAAUCUGAGGAAGGAAGCUGGGCCCAGUGUCCGGUCUUUCUGCAGACACUGGCGUAUGGAGAUAUGAACCACGAGUGGAUUGGAAACGAAUGGCUUCCCAGCCUGGGGCUACCUCAGUACAGAAGCUACUUCAUGGAAUGCUUGGUCGAUGCACGGAUGUUAGAUCACCUCACAAAAAAGGAUCUUCGUGUCCACUUAAAAAUGGUGGACAGCUUCCAUCGAACAAGUUUACAGUAUGGAAUUAUGUGUUUGAAAAGAUUGAAUUACGAUAGAAAAGAACUAGAGAGAAGACGAGAAGCAAGCCAACAUGAAAUCAAAGAUGUUUUAGUGUGGAGCAAUGAUCGAGUUAUUCGCUGGAUACAGGCAAUUGGACUCCGAGAAUAUGCAAAUAACAUCCUUGAGAGUGGAGUGCAUGGCUCACUCAUUGCCCUGGAUGAGAACUUUGACUACAGCAGCUUAGCUCUACUGUUGCAGAUUCCAACACAGAACACCCAGGCAAGACAGAUUCUUGAACGCGAGUACAAUAACCUCUUGGCCCUGGGGACUGAGCGGCGACUGGAUGAAAGUGAUGACAAGAAUUUCAGGCGUGGCUCAACCUGGCGAAGGCAGUUCCCUCCUCGCGAAGUGCAUGGGAUCAGCAUGAUGCCUGGCUCCUCGGAAACAUUACCAGCUGGAUUCAGGUUAACCACGACAUCUGGGCAGUCAAGGAAAAUGACGACUACGGAUGUUGCUUCAUCAAGACUGCAGAGGUUAGACAACUCCACUGUUCGCACAUACUCAUGUUGACAAGGCACUCAGAGGAGGCAGCACUGACCUGCUAUGUCAUCUUUUCAGUCUACAGGACCUAAAGUGCACGACCGCCUCAGAAGACAAGUGAACAAAGCCUUUGUGAAGACUGAAUUCUAAGGAAAUACUAUAAGUAACGGUUUACCAAACGUAAGCACGUGAUCUUGGGGGGAGUUGGAUAUUAACUUUGGUUAGUUUACUAUGAUUGUAAUAAAAUGUUUAAGUCAUCUGAAAUAUGAGCAUCGUCCAUGCCAUAAAUUCUGUACAUCUGAUACUUUUAUGAGAUGGAACCACUUGUUUUUUCAUGUUGUAAUAUAAUAGGCAUUUAUGUAUUAUUGUGUAUGAUUUCUUUUUAAAUGUGUAAGUCUUCUGUAAAUUGAUAUAAAUAUGAUUUUUUAAAAAAAUAAAAUAUAUGGUUCAUGGAGUCUCGAGUGCAAACAUUGAACAAUUCCAAGUACUGUUUGUAUUUUGCCAUCCCACCAUUUCUACAGUUUUUCAAUUGUAACGGUCAAUCACUAUGUUUCCGGGAAGCAUGUUUCAUGCUUCAACAUGCUUCUCCUUCAAGUCUGUCAAACCUUAAAGCUGAACACCUGCCUCUGAUCAUGUAAAAAAAUUAUUUUACCUGGAGCCCAAAAUGACCUUUAAAGGCAAUCAGGGAUGUGGUGCCCUCUAUCUUUCGAAAAAGCACUGUGAUGGCUCAAUCUCCUUUUCAGUAGACAACAAAGCCAAAAUGUUUACAAGAGUCAAAUGCAGUGAUUUUAAAAAUCUAUAUUGAAAAAACCAUUACCUAAUGGUGUUGCCUGUGGACCAAGGA